UACACUGCAAAAUCUACAUUUUUAGCUCCAAGAUUUACCACACACUCACUUGUUUUUUCCUCAACUCCCACAAACAACAAAACAAAAACUUAGGAAAACCAAAUUAACAUUAAAUCCUGCUCUUAUUCUCUCUCUCCACCGCCAUCCACUUCUUUCCACUUCCUCAAAACAAAUUAAAAAAAUAUAUUCUUUUUUGCUUUUUCAGAUACCCUUUUGAUUUCUUCUCAAUUUUCCAUUCAAGAAUCUCUCAGUUUCUCAGUUACUAGCAUGGUUUCAUUGGGAGCUAUAUAUAGUGUUGCUUGUGUGUUCUUGUUUGGUGUUACUUUGGUUUUGGCUGGUGAUAUUGUUCAUCAUGAUGAUGUUGCUCCCACAAGACCUGGCUGUGAGAACAACUUUGUUCUGGUCAAAGUUCCAACUUGGAUCGAUGGUGUGGAGAACGAUGAGUAUGUUGGUGUCGGUGCGAGAUUUGGUCCUACAUUAGAAUCGAAAGAAAAGCAUGCCACUCAUACCAGAGUUGUCAUGGCUGAUCCUCCUGAUUGUUGUAGCAAGCCUAAGAACAAGCUCACCAGUGAGAUCAUUUUGGUGCACCGAGGAAAAUGUAGCUUCACAACCAAGGCAAAUAUAGCUGAUGAAGCUGGCGCUUCGGCCAUUAUCAUUAUAAACAAUCGUACAGAACUUUUCAAGAUGGUUUGUGAGGUAAAUGAAACUGAUGUUGAUAUUGGGAUUCCUGCUGUUAUGCUUCCACAAGAUGCUGGAUUAAACUUGGAAAGACACAUACAAAAUAAAUCCAUAGUGGCCAUUCAGUUAUACUCUCCACUGCGUCCAUUGGUUGAUGUUGCGGAAGUGUUUUUAUGGCUUAUGGCUGUCGGUACCAUUUUAUGUGCUUCUUAUUGGUCCGCUUGGACUGCCAGAGAAGCUGUUAUUGAGCAAGACAAGCUUUUAAAGGAUGCUUCAGAAGAAUAUACUGCAGAAAGUGUUGGUUCUCGUGGUUAUGUGGAAAUCAGUACCACGGCAGCGAUUUUAUUCGUUGUGCUUGCUUCUUGUUUCUUGGUUAUGCUAUACAAAUUAAUGUCAUUCUGGUUUGUUGAAGUUCUGGUGGUUCUAUUUUGCAUUGGUGGGAUAGAGGGACUGCAAACUUGUUUGGUGGCUCUAUUAUCAUGUUUCAGAUGGUUUCAACAUCCUGCGCAAACAUACGUGAAGAUACCGUUCUUUGGAGCUGUUCCAUAUCUGACACUGGCUAUUACUCCAUUCUGCGUAGUGUUUGCGGUUGUUUGGGCAGUUAAACGUCAUGCGUCAUAUGCGUGGAUUGGUCAAGAUAUUCUUGGUAUCGCGUUGAUAAUUACAGUUCUUCAGAUUGUUCGCAUUCCAAAUCUCAAGGUUGGGACUGUUCUUCUAAGUUGUGCUUUCCUAUAUGACAUCUUAUGGGUGUUUGUCUCUAAAUGGUGGUUCCAUGAGAGUGUGAUGAUAGUGGUAGCUCGAGGUGAUAAGAGUGGAGAAGACGGUAUUCCCAUGCUUCUCAAGUUACCACGUUUAUUUGAUCCUUGGGGUGGUUACAGCAUCAUCGGUUUCGGGGACAUAAUCUUACCGGGACUUCUAGUAGCAUUUUCACUAAGAUACGAUUGGUUGGCAAAGAAAAACCUCCGAGCCGGAUACUUUGUGUGGGCUAUGACUGCAUAUGGUUUAGGUCUCCUCGUCACAUAUGUGGCUUUAAACUUGAUGGAUGGACAUGGCCAGCCAGCUUUGCUUUAUAUAGUUCCAUUUACACUUGGAACCUUCUUGUCAUUGGGAAAGAAGAGAGGUGAUCUGAAGAUUUUAUGGACAAGAGGAGAACCAGAAAGGCCAUGUCCUCAUAUUCAAGAAGUUAACCAAUCAAUCAAUUAACCACCAAUAAUUCUCAACAUAAUUGUAUCUUAGAUAUUAGUUCAUAUUAGGAGAUUAUGUUAACAUAUGUAACAUUAUUGUAAUAAAAUUCCAGCCAAAUGGCCCUACUGUGUGCUGUAACAUUAAUUUUUUUUCUUCUGAGAUAGCAGAUUGAAGGUCAGAAGAUUAUUCAAGGGAAUCCAUAUUCUGGUUGGUGGGUUUGCUUUGAAUGAGUCUUCUCUAUUGUUGAGUCAUAACUCCAAUGUAAUGUAAUAUUAUUGUGAUGAUUAUAGUAAGUUUUUUAUAUCGAGUCUAA